AUGAUCGCCUACAUCUCUCUACUCUCGGGCAAGGCUCUGGCGUGGGCAACAGCGGUGUGGGAACAACAGCCACCAUCCUGCAGCUCCGUAUUAGCCUUCACUGCCGAGCUGCAACUAGUCUUCGCCCACCCAGUCGGCGGACGAGAAGCUGCCAGCCGACUGUUCAACAUCCGCCAAGGGGGUUUGUCUAACUCCAUCAAGGAUGAACUGGCCUCUCGGGAACUGGCAAAAGACCUCGAGUCCCUGAUAACACUGGCAAUCAGGAUCGAAAACCGCCUCCAAGAACUUGGCGAACUCUACUUUCUGGUCCUUUGGCUUCAGUCAGUGCCUCGGGUGGAAGGUUGGGUGGAGGGCUGCCCAGUGCCAUGCAUAUGCCACAGCGAGCCGCGGCCCACCUUGGCCUGCCAACAGCAGGGCCUCUACUCCAUCCCCACAGAGAUCCCCAUCCACAGCCAGCGCAUCUUCCUCCAGAACAACAAGCUUACCGUGGUCCGCUCCACCAGCUUCAGCCCCUGCAGAAACCUCACCGUACUCUGGCUCUACUCCAACAACAUCAGCCACAUCGAGGCUGGUGCCUUCUACGGCCUAGAGAGGCUGGAGGAGCUGGACAUAGGGGACAAUGACCUGAGGAUCAUCAGCCCCACGGCCUUCCGAGGCCUGUCUAGACUGCACACCCUGCACCUGCACAGCUGUGGCUUGUCUGUGCUGCCUGUAGGUGUUUUCAGGGGACUAUUUUCCCUGCAGCACCUCUAUCUCCAGGACAACAGCUUACUGACUCUCCAUGACGAUACUUUUCUGGACCUGGCCAACCUGACCUACCUGUUCCUCCACAACAACAAGAUAAAGACUGUGACGGAUCACAUGCUGCGAGGCUUGGUGAGCUUGGACCGCUUGCUGCUGCAUCAGAAUCGAGUGACCUUCGUCCAGCGCAAUUCUUUUCAUGACCUGCGCAAGCUGACCACUUUGUUUCUGUUCUUCAAUAAUCUAACAGUGUUGACAGGGGAGACCAUGGACCCACUAGUGUCCCUCCAGUACCUGCGUCUGAAUGGGAACCAGUGGAUCUGUGACUGCCGGGCCAGGACCCUGUGGGACUGGUUUAAGGGAUUUAAAGGGUCUAGCUCAGAGCUUGAGUGCCAUGUUCCGACCAGACUAUCCGGAAAAGACCUGAAACAGCUAAAGAGCCCUGACCUGGAAGGUUGCUAUGACAGCUCUGACCAUACUUGGAUUAGCGUGUUCAGUUCCAAGACACGAUCUGGAAAACUCACCACGGAAAGUCCACUUAGGGCUGGUAUUCCCAGGUGCUGCCUCUCAGACAAAGACAAGUCGUCCAUCAUCUCCAGCAAGGGUCUCCCAGAUCCCUCCUCCUACAACAGCAGACAAAUCACCAACAAUCCUCUGAAGGAGAAAGAGAACAUCUCCAAAACUAAGCUGUUGGAAGCUGACCCCAACAAACCCCAGAACAAACAGAGUUUGAACGAUGGGCCAGUGGGAACAUUAUCUAACAACCUGGACCAGUCCUCAGAGGAUCUAAGCCCCUCCAAUGACCCUGAAAAGAAGAAAAGGUGUGCAAAGGAGAACAUGUCAGACCCUCUGUGUCUCAAGUCCCACGGAUCUACAAUUGGAGCAUGGAGGCUUGUCUUUCUGCCUGUGUUUUGGCUAUCCUUAGACUUCUGUUAG